CGAUGAAGUUUCAGUGGCCCUUAAACACCUAACAAGAAGGUGUCAGGCAUAGUCAGAAUUGUUUUCAUAUUUGUCUUCGUAACCAUGGGAGAGACAGUGCCAGGUAACCUGGUGCCAGAGUGGGCAGACCUUGACCCUAACACCCUAAGGGAACCUGUCAAGUCUAUUGAGGACAAAUGGAAAUUGGUGCCAGCUUUUCUACGUGUCAAAGGUCUGGUGAAGCAACACAUUGAUUCCUUCAAUUAUUUUAUUAAUGUGGACAUCAAGAAUAUUGUGAAAGCAAACAGCAGGGUCACAAGUGAUGUAGAUCCAUUGUUCUAUGUCAAGUACAUGGAUGUACGAGUUAGCAAGCCAAACAUUGAAGAAGGAAUGAACAUAGUCAAAGAGACAGCGCCCCAUGAAUGUCGUCUGCGAGACAUAACAUAUUCUGCUCCCAUAAUGGUGGAUGUUGAGUAUAUGAGAGGUGACCACCGGAUAUUCAGAAGAGAUAUUCCAAUUGGACGCAUGCCAAUUAUGCUGCGUUCAUCCAACUGUGCACUGUCAGAAUGUCGCACACACACUGAGCUGGCCAAGUAUAAUGAAUGUCCUCAUGACCCUGGUGGCUAUUUCAUCAUCAAGGGACAGGAGAAAGUUAUUCUUAUUCAGGAGCAGUUGUCAAAGAAUCGUAUGAUUGUUGAGGAAGAUAAGAAAGGAGGCCUCACAUGUCAGGUCACCUCAUCUACACACGAGAAAAAAUCUCGUACCAAUGUUACCAUGAAAAAUGGAAAAUACUACCUUAAACACAAUACUCUGACUGAAGAUGUUGCUAUUGGUAUUGUUUUUAAAGCCAUGGGAGUAGCCAGUGACCAGGAGAUCGUACAAAUGAUUGGGACAGAGGAUAGGAUCAUGACUUCAUUUGCUGCAUCACUUGAGGAGUGUGCAAGGCUAAAUGUAUACACACAGACCCAAGCACUUAAAUAUAUUGGAAACAAAGUUCGUCAGAAAAGGUAUUUUGAUCGUGGUCCAAAAAAGACUCCUGUUGAUGAAGCAAGAGAUUUACUUGCUACAACAAUUUUAGCUCAUGUUCCUGUAGAAAAAUUUAACUUUAAGAUGAAAUCUAUAUAUUUGGCUCUGAUGGCCAGACGUGUGAUUGAAGCUCAAGGUGACACCAGAACUGUUGAUGAUCGAGACUACUAUGGCAACAAAAGAUUAGAACUGGCAGGAUCACUUAUCUCUCUUUUAUUUGAAGACUUAUUCAAGAAGUUUAAUUCUGAUUUGAAGAAAAAAGCUGACAUAAUCCUUGGUAAAAAGGGAAAAGUUUCUCAGUUUGAUGCAGUUCAGUACAUGCAGUCCAGCCAGGAUGCUAUCACUAAUGGUCUGGAAGUAGCCAUAUCUACAGGCAACUGGACUAUCAAAAGGUUCAAGAUGGAGAGACAAGGCGUGACUCAGGUUCUUGCAAGAUUGUCAUAUAUAUCCGCACUGGGUAUGAUGACACGUGUCAAUUCACAGUUUGAGAAGACACGAAAAGUCAGUGGUCCAAGAUCUCUCCAACCCUCUCAGUGGGGAAUGGUUUGUCCCUCAGACACUCCUGAGGGAGAAUCUUGUGGUUUAGUUAAGAACUUGGCUUUAAUGACUCACAUUACUACAGAAGUGGAUCCUGAGCCAAUCAUUGAACUUGCUUUCAACUGUGGCGUGGAGGAUAUUAACCUGUUAUCAGGAGAAGAACUUUCAAACAGAGAUGUUUUUCUGGUGUUUUUGAAUGGUAACAUCAUUGGUGUUACAAGAGAUCACAAAAGAGUUGUGAGAGUGUUUCGUGCCAUGAGACGCAACACUGUUAUUAGUGGGUUUGUGUCUAUCUAUACUCAUUAUAAACAUCGCUGUGUUUAUAUAAGCUCAGAUGGGGGACGCCUUUGCCGGCCAUACAUCAUUGUAACAAAUAAACGACCUGCAGUCAUGGAAGAUCACAUUAACAAACUAACACGGGGGCUUAUGGCAUUUGAUGAUUUUCUCUAUGAGGGUUUAGUCGAGUAUCUUGAUGUAAAUGAAGAAAAUGAUUCAAGUAUAGCUAUGUAUGAACAUGAAAUUAUAGACAAAACCACUCACAUGGAAAUUGAGCCAUUUACUAUUUUGGGAGUUUGUGCUGGACUUAUCCCUUACCCUCACCACAACCAGAGUCCUCGUAAUACCUAUCAGUGUGCCAUGGGUAAGCAAGCAAUGGGCACUAUUGGCUACAACCAGAGAAAUAGGAUUGAUACGUUGUUAUAUAAUCUUGUCUACCCUCAUAAACCCCUUGUUAAAACGAGGCCUAUUGAACUUAUAAAUUUUGAACAUCUUCCUGCAGGUCAUAAUGCAAUGGUGGCUGUAAUGAGUUAUUCAGGUUAUGAUAUUGAAGAUGCCAUCAUUAUUAAUAAAGCAUCACUGGACCGAGGUUAUGGUCGUUGUAUUGUGUAUCGAAAUGCUAAAUGUUCUGUAAAGCGUUAUGCAAACCAAACCUCAGACAGAGUUCAGGGUCCACUCAUGCAAGUUCUUGAAGGUGGUAAACAUAAACCCAUCUGGAAACAUGAGACACUUGACAGUGAUGGUUUAGCAGCUGUUGGAACACCUGUACUUCCUAGACAGGUGCUUAUCAAUAAGCAAAUGCCAACAGUAACACAACUUUCUUACACUGAUGAACAAGCUGGAAGACAAGUAGAGUUUCGUGACACACCAGUUGUACACAAGGGACCAGGUUCUAUUUAUGUGGAAAAAGUCAUGUUGUCUUCAGAUCCAGACGAGUUCAACUUGAUCAAAAUUCUGUUGAGGCAGACUCGUCGACCUGAGAUAGGUGAUAAGUUUUCAUCUCGGCAUGGCCAGAAGGGCGUGACAGGACUCAUUGUACAACAGGAAGAUCUUCCUUUCUCAGACCAAGGACUCUACCCAGAUAUGAUUAUGAACCCCCAUGGUUUUCCAUCCAGGAUGACUGUAGGAAAACUUAUGGAGCUUUUGGGUAGCAAAGCAGCUGCUCUUGAAGGAAAGUUCAAUUAUGGAACAGCAUUUGGUGGGACACCAGUAAAGGAGAUUAUGGAAGAACUAGUCAGGCAUGGAUAUAAUUAUCAGGGAAAAGAUAUCCUAUAUAGUGGGACAAGUGGUGAAGCUUUGACUGGAUACAUCUUCUUCGGUCCUGUGUACUAUCAGAAGCUGAAGCACAUGGUCAUGGACAAGAUGCAUGCUCGUUCUAGAGGCCCUCGUGCAGUGUUGACUCGACAGCCCACUGAGGGACGUGCUCGUGAUGGGGGCCUUAGGCUAGGAGAGAUGGAACGAGAUUGCUUAAUUGGCCAUGGUGCUAGCAUGCUGUUACUGGAACGCUUGAUGAUAUCAUCAGAUGCAUUUGAUGUGGAUGUCUGCAACUCGUGUGGUCUGCGUGGGUAUUCAGGAUGGUGCCAUUACUGCCGCUCAUCUGCAAGUGUAUCUUCAAUACGUAUCCCUUAUGCUUGUAAGCUUUUGUUUCAAGAAUUACAGUCAAUGAAUAUAGUUCCUAGAUUAAGAUUAGAGAAUUAUUGCACUUAGUGGCACAGGAAAGGCAAAUGCAAUACCAAUAUAUUUUUAGUUCUUAAUAGGUUCUAUGCAUGUUUUGUAAUGCGUAUAUGACUGGCAAUGCCCAAAACAUUUGCUCCCUGUGGCAAAAUUUAAGAAUUAAUGUGACACGCAGUAGCAUUAUACCUGUAUGAAAAAUUUCUUAAUUAAAUAACUGGAACUUUCAUAAUUUUAUCUUACCUUUGUUUAGCCUAUGU